ACAACAACAACAACGAUAUCUAUCUCUUGAUCAUACAUACCAUAACUAGUAUAAUCUAUAUCUAUAUCUAUAUCUCGAGGCUUCAAAGUUUGUUUUGUUCACUUCUUUUUAAGGUUAAGUUGGCAAUGGCUUUAUCUCGUUUGGCUUUGAAGAAGGUAGUAUCUACUUCCUCAACUUCAGUAUUACUACCCAAACAACUCCAACCACAACAAUACCUUGUUCCAAGAGAACUUCAGUUUGCAGCUCAUCAGAACACAUUUUUAACCAGAUCAAGUAUACCAAGGUUGUUUGCAACUUCAUCAUCCUCAUCGGAUAAUAAAUCAUCAGAGGGUGCUAUUGAUGUUGAUAAAAACAUUACCGAAACUCCGAAGGGGAAGAAAUCGAAAUGGCUCCCGCAAAAAUUUGGAGGACGUGAUGGAAGUCUAUGGAGGAGAAACAAAAACAAAUCUGCUUCUCUUGUUCCCUUCCAUCUCAACGAUCUUUUUUCAUCUGGUGUGGGAGAUGCGCUACUACGAGCGACAGAUAACCUAAACAAGUUAUUUGAAAAUUGGGCACCGUCAGGAUUAAUAGGUCGAAUGAAAGAAAAUGAAUCGAGGUACAAGUUGAGAUACGAAUUACCAGGUCUUACCAAGGAAGAUGUGAAGAUCACUGUUCAUGACAAUUUCCUAACAAUUAGAGGAGAGCACAGGGAAGAAGAAGAGGACACUGAUGAGGAUGGUGAUGAACAUUGGUCGGCCUCGCGGUAUGGGUACUAUGAAACUAGUUUUAUGUUGCCUGAUGAUGCAAAAGUUGAACAAAUUAAAGCUGAAAUGAAGGGUGGUGUACUUUCUAUUACUAUACCAAGGACAGAAAAUGCCAAGCCAAAAGAUGUCAAGGAGAUCGAGAUCAGCUAGAAUUAGUGUUUCAUCGCCAUGGGUACGUGUAUGGGGUAAUCUGCUUUUGUAUUUGUAUGCAUCAAAGUGCCACUUCUUUUGUUUUCUUCUGUGGGUUGCGUUUAUGAGAUUUGCAGUUUCUAUGUAAUGGUUGCUAUAUAGCAGUAAGUGACAUUUCUGGUGUGUUUGUUUGUUUUUUUUUUUUUUUGCUGA